GGCGGAUUAAAAGGAGUGACAAUUUUCUUCAUUGGCAAAUAUUUGGUAAAAUCCUUUCCCUAUGUUGACACAAAGGAGUUUUUCAGCGUUAAAAACCUUUUUAAACAAGUCAGUUUCCAACCUAAGUAGGAAUCGUUUAAACUCGAGUUUUUCCAACGAAAAUGUUUGGGAAAUGACUUUUAAAUAUUCACCGUAUUGCUUGAAUAGUAUCGGGGUAAAUACAAAGCCUUUAACAGCAUUCAAUACAUGGAGGAAUACGUCAAACAGAUUCUAUUCUGGUGAUCCAAGUAUAACAUUCCUUUCUGGUGGGAGAAGCAAGCACUUUGAAGCCAGUGCAGUGUAUGAUGAAGAUAAAUUGUUAAAAAAUAUUGUUAAACAGUUGAAAGAGGACAAUGGUGUUGAUAUUUGUGUAAUUGAAACAUCAGAGGAGAGAAGGAAAUAUGCUGAUUAUGUUGUGGUUGUAAGUGGAAGAUCAACAAGACACCUUAAAGCAAUGACAAAUCAUAUUCAUCAGAAGUCCAAGAAAGAUUUUGCUGAAAAGCAUGUUUUUGUUACUGGGUUAGACUCAAAUGAUUGGAUGAUUGUUGAUUUCAAUUCAAUUGUAAUCCACCUUUUCCUGCCUGAGAUCCGUGAGAAAUAUGAUCUUGAAAAGCUUUGGUCCUUGGGACCAGAACAGGAUAAACAGUACCAAGAAAUGUUGGAAGAUGACCGAUAUGCUGAGAUGGUUAAAAAUGCCAAACUGGAGGACUUCUUUGUAAAUGAGGAAUCAAAUAAAUAAAAUACAUUUUAUUAGUUGUUGUU